AUGCUGUUCUACUCUGGCUUCACUCGUAGAAUAGGAGACGUCGACGAAGGCAGCACUGUGACAGACUUUCUUCCCGCAGAGAGGGCAAGAGGGAUUACCAUCCAGUCUGCUGCAAUCUCGUUCUCAUGGCCGCCGUCCGGUGACAGCAAGCCACAGCCAUUCGCGCCAGGCUCGCCGAGAUCAUCCUUGCCGCACAGCAUCAACCUGAUCGACACCCCUGGACACGCAGACUUCACCUUUGAGGUACUUCGAUCUUUACGGGUUCUUGAUGGUGCUGUCUGCAUUCUUGACGGUGUCGCUGGAGUCGAGGCGCAGACGGAAAAGGUCUGGACUCAAGCAUCGGCAUACGCUAUCCCCAGAAUCAUCUUCGUCAACAAGCUCGAUCGAGACGGAGCCGCUUUCGGUCGCACCGUGAAAGAAAUCGGUGCUAGGCUUGGUGCGUGGCCCGCAGUAUGUGGAAUCCCAUGGUGGACCGCCGACGGUCGAUUGCAGGGAAUUGGCGACGUUGUCGGACUGCGAGGUUUGAGGUAUGCUGAAGGCGGCGAUGGCAAAGACAUCCAAGUCUUCGAUCUCGAAAAGCUUCAGACCGAGGACGUAAAGCUCUCAGCGCAGCUCAGGGAAGCUCGGAUUGCCCUGGUGGAGAGAUUGUCAGAGCACGAUGAUGAAAUGGUAGAGAAGUACCUCGAAGCUGACGAGGAUCAUCUUUCGAUACCUGCAAACGACAUAAAGGAGUCUUUGAGGUGUUGUGUCCUGCAGCAUCCACAGCAAGUGGUGCCAGUCUACGCCGGUGCCAGCUUCCGCAACGUUGGAGUACAGCCACUGUUGGACGCGGUCGUGGACCUGUUGCCGUCUCCUGAAGAGCGACCUGAUCCGACGAUAAGUCUGGGAACCAACACGAAAGGGACGCUCGGAUCGUUCCUGUCCGGGAACUUGUCUUCCGUGGGCCCAAAGUUGGAUGGCAAGGAUAAAGGCAAGGCAGUCAGCAAGCAAAAAGCCAACUUGGCCGUGCAAAAGCUUGAAGCAUGCGCUUUGGCAUUCAAGGUUGUCGCUGAUGCCAAACGAGGCGUGCUGGUCUAUGUUCGAGUAUAUUCUGGAACAAUCAACCGGAGUACCGCUCUGUGGAACACGAAUCUGCAAAAUGCCGAACGAGCACAGAGAUUGCUCAAGAUGUACGCCAAUGAGGCUGUCGAGAUUGAGUCUAUCUCAGCGGGUCAGAUCGGCGUGAUACCAGGUCUCAAGUUCGCAAGAACAGGUGACACCCUCAUCACGUACGGUGCCUACAACCCGAAGACUGGACCGCCACCGCCCGUCAACAGCCUGCAGCUGAAACCGAUAGAUGUUCCCCCGCCGGUCUUCUUCGUCAGCGUUGAACCCAACAGUUUAUCGGAAGAGAAGCACAUCAAGGAGUCACUUGAUCUCUUACUACGAGAGGAUCCGAGUCUACACGUUUCCGUGGAUGAGGAAAGCGGUCAGACUCAUCUAGCUGGCAUGGGCGAACUGCAUCUCGAAAUCGCCCGAGAUCGGCUCAUCUCCGAUCUGAAAGCCAAGGCCAGAAUCGGUAGCAUUGAGAUUGGUUACAGAGAAGCAGUGACAACCGGGAGCAGUGAGAUCACAGAAGUGUUCGACCGGGAAGUGGGAGGUAAAAGCAGCAAAGCCGCCUGUCAGGUUUCGGUCGAGCCGGCACAAGACGACGAGGCCGCAAGUGGAGAACAGAUCCAUGUGAUGAAGUUGCAUGACAGCAAUCAGCUUGUUGUUCAUACACCUACACUGCAUGCAGAUGGAAGCUCCCUCCAUCCCGAGCAGCCACGCCUUCCGGACCAUCUACCGAUACAAGUCGUGCUCCAAGCGCUGAACAAUGGGGUCUCAGCUGCCAUGGCUCGAGGGCCCACUCACGGCUAUGCGGUGCAUUCAACGAAGCUGAACAUAACAUUCGAUCCAGCACAGCACAUAUUCUCCUCCACAACUCCGGCGGCGCUAUCAUCAGCCGCCCGUCUUGCGGUCCAGAAAGCUUUGAAGGAUAGUGCUCAGUCCAGCGACAUGAUCAUGAUGGAGCCGGUGAUGCUCGUCACAAUUAGCGUUGACGAGGACAGCUUGGGCUCUGUCGUCCAUGACAUCUCAUCGGCUCGUGGUGGCAGUGUUGUCUCACUCGGCGCAGACGAGAACGACAGCUCGAACCAGACAACCAUUGACACAAGGAAGAUAUACGCACCGCCUGAUCCUUUCGAUGGUGGUAUUGCUGCGACGGAUACCGGCAUGUCUGGUCGCGGUAGCCAGAUGCGCCAGAUUGUUGCGAGAGUGCCUUUGAAAGAGAUGGUGGGCUAUCUGAAGCACCUCAGAUCAUUGACUGGUGGGCGAGGGACGUUCACAAUGGUUGUCGACCAGUUCGAGCGAAUGUCUGGACAGCGGCAGAAGGCUGUGUUGAACGAGAUGCGAGGAGACUAUGCGUGA